UGCAACUCGGGUCUGACUAGAGCUCGCAGUCGCUUAGGAUUCUCAUCUCGUUUUUUUGCUGGAUGUAAAUAUUCAUAGAAAUUACUUUUUUUUCUUCUGCCAUCUACUGUUUUCUUGUCUUCCCUCAGGGCAUGAACAAUCACAUUAAAGCUGUCCUGUCGGUCCUGCUGGUGUUGGUGAUGGCUGCGCUGUGUCUGAGCACCAGGUUCACCCUCCUCUUGGCCAUGCCCAACACCUCUGCACCUUUCAGCGUGGGCCGCAUCGGAGCCGCAGCUCUCAUCGCCAUCGACGCGGUGAACAACAGCCCGGAGAUCCUGCCAGGUCACCAGCUUGACUUUCACUAUGUGGACGAUGAAUGUAAUGAUGUGGUUGGUCCAGGGAGGAUCGUCGCUUUGCAGCACAAACACAAUUACAGCGCAUUCAUCGGCCCCUGCUGCUCGAAUGUUUGUGCAGUGACAGCUAAGCUAGCAGCAUACUGGAACAUUGCUAUGGUCAGUCCGGUUUGUGCAGAUCAGCAGUUUUUGGAUAAAAAGGCGUUCCCAACCCUGACACGAGUCUUUGGGCCUUUCACUAAGUUGGGAACCUUCCUCGUGGAGAUCUGUAAGCAGUUCGGAUGGCAGCGGAUUAGCAUCGUUUAUAACAGAGAACUCAUGUGGAACACUCCAGCUGAGGGGAUUCGGUACCAAGCGGAGCAAAAUAACAUCACAGUAGCGAAAUAUCUGGAAAUUGAUGACCCUCUUACCCAUAAUUCCACUGACCAGCAGUCAAAAGUUCUGACUGAGAUCUCUAGCUCGUCCCGCAUUGUAGUGAUCUCAGCACAUGGAAAGGUGGUGCGCAAUUUACUGAUUGAAGCUCAUAGUCGAGGUUUGACCAGCGGAGAUUUUGUCUUCUUCUGUUUCAUGCCCUACAGUCAGGAUGAAAUGUUUGGUAGUUUUGAAUGGAAACAAGGAGAUGAAUAUGACUUGGUGGCGAAGCAGGCCUAUCAGGCACUUUUCAUUCUGUCCAUGUACAAGCCUCAUGAUGAGCGUUACAGGGCUUUCUCUGUGGAUGUCAUCAACAGGUCAAAACGAGUCUUUGGGUACAUAUAUGAACCUCAUGAAAAGGUAUCGGUCCUGGCAGCUAUCGCUCAUGACAGCAUCUGGAUUUAUGCUCAGGCUUUGCACGAGACGCUGGUUGAGAACGGCGACCCGUUUAAUGGUUUUGAGGUCACUCGGCGGAUGUGGAACAGAACAAUCAUGGGUAUCCAAGGAGAUGUGAUGAUCGAUGCUAGCGGGGAUCGUGAGCCGGCUUACAUGCUGAAACACACGCAGGGCAGUAACAGCCAGGUCAUUGCUAACUACUUUGGCACUCGUAAGGUGUAUGAAGCCGCGGAGGGAAUUCACAUCAGCUGGCCUGGAGGAAGGCUGAGUCCUCCUAAAGAUUCCCCUCCAUGUGGAUUUAAAGGAGAACUCUGCACCAGCACAGAGAGGAGAUUUUCGAUUGCAGUGGGACUUAUAGUGGGAUUGUUCGCCGCAGGGAGUCUUUCGGUCGGGAUUCUCUACAGAAAGUACAAACUGCAGAAGAAGGCCUCCAUGAUGCUCUGGAAGAUCGAUGCUGGUGAUGUCAUUAUGAUGGAGUCGCGCUGUUCCGUAGCGUCGGGCAAGGUAAAUGCAAUCUCUCGCUCCAACCAGAGCCAGCUGCUGGGACACAAAUCCAUACAAGCCUCACUCGAGUCCAUCAUUUGCAGCAUGCAGGACAAACCCUCAGCCCAGCGCACUGCUGUUUAUAAUGGGACCAUUUGCUGCGUUCGCUUCCUGAGUGUGAGAAGUGUGCAUCUGAGCAGUGACCUGCUGACCGAGCUAAAACGGUGUAGAGAUCUGAACCAUCAGAACAUCUGUAAGUUUUUUGGAGCGUGUCUGGACUCACCACAGCCGGUUAUUCUGACUGAAUACUGCCCCAAAGGAAGCCUGCAGGACAUUUUACAGAAUGACUCCAUUAAGUUGGACUGGAGCUUUAAAUGUUCCCUCAUGCUGGAUGUUGUAAAGGGCAUGGACUACCUUCACUGCAGCCCUCUACAUUCCCACGGCCGUUUGUCCUCCUCCAACUGUGUGGUGGACAGUCGCUUCGUCCUCAAGGUCACUGACUUUGGCCUGAGCGAGCUGAGACACGCCGGCACAGUGGACCACUGGAGCUCGCUGCUAUGGAGAGCUCCUGAGAUCCUGAGGCAGACCGUGACCGUGAGCGGCACUCAGAAGGGAGACGUGUACAGUUUCGGGAUCAUCGCUCAGGAAAUAGUGUACCGCAGAGGACCUUUCUACAUCCCUAACAGCUCCCUCAAAGCCAGAGAGAUAGUGGAGCUGGUGAGGGCGGGCGGGUCCAGACUCUUACGGCCUCACGUGGACCCCUCCGAGUGUGAGGACGGCGUGGAAGCUCUGUUACUCAGCUGCUGGGGGGAACGAGCGUCAGAGAGGCCGGAUUUCUCCUCACUCAGAACCACCGUGAAGAAAAUGUGCCCCAGCGGUGGUAGUGAGAAGAUCCUAGACAAUCUUUUGUCACGUCUUGAGCAGUAUGCGUGCAAUCUAGAGGAGGUGGUAAGCGACCGGACGGCACAGCUGCAGGAGGAGAAGAAGAAAGCCGAGGCUCUCCUUACCCAGAUGUUGCCACGAUCCGUCGCCGCACAGCUCAUAGCCGGGAGCAUGGUGCGAGCCGAGACCUACGAGUGUGUCACCGUUUAUUUCAGCGACAUCGAAGGCUUCACGGCGAUGUCCGCCUCCCUCACACCGAUGCAGGUGGUGAACAUGCUUAAUGACUUGUACACGCAUUUUGACAACAUCAUCGACAACCAUGAUGUUUAUAAGGUAGAAACGAUAGGCGACGCCUACAUGGUGGUGUCAGGUCUUCCUAUAAGAAAUGGAGAUGAGCACGCCAGAGAAGUAGCCCGGAUGUCCUUAGCUGUAGUAGACAGCAUGGAGCACUUCCAGAGCGUGCAUGUUCCAGAACAGCGACUUAAGGUCCGCAUCGGAAUUCAUUCAGGGCCAUGUGUUGCCGGUGUUGUGGGGCUAAAAAUGCCACGCUAUUGUUUAUUUGGAGACACUGUCAACACUGCAUCGAGGAUGGAGUCGUAUGGUUUACCUUUAAAAAUCCAUGUAAGCAGCGCCACUAAAUCUCUACUGGACACUUUUACGACGUUCCGGUGCGAGCUCAGAGGAGACAUACACAUUAAGGGCAAAGGGUUGGUAAGAACAUACUGGCUUCUUGGAGAGCAGCGCUAAAACUGCUGUACUUCUCUCUUCACCUGCUACAUGACCUGGAGUAAAAAAGAGGUUUCCACGGUGUCUAUAUUUUCAGCUUUUCAUUAUUUUCUCUUUGUAAUAUCACAGUUCAUUGAGCAAACUUCCCUAACUCAAUUUACACAGCGCUUGAUUGUUCCACAGCUGUGUUUCUACCUGCGCUGGUUGAAAAUGACAUUUUAGAUCUGUUGCUGAUUAAGUGCUAAUUUCACCCGUCGUGUACCAACAAGCAUUCGCAGAACCUCAUUAUGCUGUGCGCAAACAGACGACGUGAGAUCGAACAGGAGAGAACAUUUGUUAAUGACUGUUUAGGGGGAAAAUUGAGCAAGGGUCCUCCUUUUUUAAACAGAUGUAUUUUAAAAUAGUAAAACUAGUACAGUAAAUAGCAGUGUAAUAGAUAUUCUUAAGAUAAAAAAUAUGUUAAUAAUAAUGAUAAUAAU